AUGUUCGCAGUAUAUUUUCAUGGGCAGUAUAAAGCUUCUGAUGGUCUAAUAGACAAAUUUGACGAAAUGAGAAUCUUUACAAUUCGUUCAGACGAAAACCUUGAGAAGACUCUAAAUGACUUUCAAACUCAAAUGAACAAAUAUUAUUGGGAAUUUCAAGAAAAAUACGACUCUUUACUAAAUGGAACAUACUAUCUGAAACUAGAAUAUGACAAGAUGAACUCCACAGUUUCAUUUCAAAGGAUUGAAAAUAACCCUCCAAGAGAUACACAGUUUUUAUUUUGGGAAGUAGACAAACGUUCUUGGGCACAAUUUCUUCGGUUACUAAACCAGAACGAACCAUUACCACCUGACGGUCCGUUUAAAUUUAUACGCCCACCAACAGAUUUGACAGUUUAUAGAAACGUGUUUGACCCUCAAAAUGUUAUGUGUCAUGCAAGUUUCAGUUCAAGCAACAACAGUUUUCUUUGUAUCGGUAAGGACUUUUAUGACUUUGCUUCUAAAUUCUACGAACCACCUAGUAACAGUUUCUCUGACUUUCAAGUUUGGUUCACAACAAAUGGUGUGCAGCAUAUAAUACCAUUGUACUAUGACUUUUAUCUCGAAUUGUCUUUCAUAUAUAACUACGGAAAAGUGCUGAAAAAGUAUUGA